UUUCAGAUCUUGUGCUGAACUUUGUCUCAAAAGAAUUUGUUUCAUUGUCACUAAAGAUUUGGAAGAUGAAAAAAAUAGAUGCCAGUUUAUUGCGGGUCCACCUGUAAGCCUUGAACCUGUGUGAACCUGUGCGAACCUGUGCAAGGGCAUCCGCUUUGAUAUAACUGUCACCUGUCAAACCUAAGUCUUUAUAGAGGGAGAGUUCUUGACAUGAAACCAGAUCAUGGCAGCUCCAAAAGAGGCAACCUUUUUAAGUGAUCUUGUGCUGAACUUUGUCUCAAAAGAAUGUUUCAUUGUCACUAAAAUGUGUACAGUAAAAGGAAGGGCAUACAUGUGUGGUAAAGGUCUCCUCCUGUCAAAACCCAAGUCUUUAGAGAGGGAGUUGGUGACAUUGAAACCAGAUCAUGGCAAUCUUGUGCUGAACUUUGUCUCAAAAGAAUGUUUCAUUGUCACUAAAAUGUGUACAGUAAAAGGAAGGGCAUACAUGUGUGGUAAAGGUCUCCUCCUGUCAAAACCCAAGUCUUUAGAGAGGGAGUUGGUGACAUUGAAACCAGAUCAUGGCAAUCUUGUGUUGAACUUUGUCUCAAAAGAAUUUGUUUCAUUGUCACUAAAGAUUUGGAAGAUGAAAAAAAUAGAUGCCAGUUUAUUGCGGGUCCACCUGUAAGCCUUGAACCUGUGUGAACCUGUGCGAACCUGUGCAAGGGCAUCCGCUUUGAUAUAACUGUCACCUGUCAAACCUAAGUCUUUAUAGAGGGAGAGUUCUUGACAUGAAACCAGAUCAUGGCAGCUCCAAAAGAGGCAACCUUUUUAAGUGAUCUUGUGCUGAACUUUGUCUCAAAAGAAUGUUUCAUUGUCACUAAAGCAUGCUGAAAGAACAGUCCUGCCAUUAGUACUAAGAGCCAGGUUAUCUCCCAGGGGUGAGGAUACUCUUUACAUACCCCGAGAGACUGCAUCCAGGGGCAAAGAAAACAGGGCUACAUCACCUUCCUUUUUGUUGUAUUUAAUUUAUUAAUGUUUUUAUGCUUAUUAAAAUUUUCUCUUAAA